ACGUCAUUCCGUUUCCGGCGUCUCGCGCAGUUCCGCCAUGGCCUCCGAGGAAGCGAGCGCUAGUCCUCGUAGGUCUCGGCGGGAGUCGGAGGGGCGCGCCCGGGGACAGGACAAGUAUUCAGUGCUUUUGCCCACCUACAACGAGCGCGAGAACCUACCGCUCAUCGUAUGGCUGCUGGUGAAAAGCUUCUCCGAGAGUGGAAUCAAUUAUGAAAUUAUAAUCAUAGAUGAUGGAAGCCCAGAUGGAACAAGGGACAUUGCUGAACAGUUGGAGAAGAUCUAUGGGUCAGACAAGAUUCUUCUAAGACCACGGGAGAAAAAGUUGGGCCUGGGAACUGCAUAUAUUCAUGGAAUGAAACAUGCCACAGGAAACUACAUCAUUAUUAUGGAUGCUGAUCUCUCACACCAUCCAAAAUUUAUUCCUGAAUUCAUUAGGAAGCAGAAGGAGGGUAAUUUUGACAUUGUCUCUGGAACUCGCUACAAAGGAAAUGGAGGUGUAUACGGCUGGGAUUUGAAAAGAAAAAUAAUCAGCCGCGGGGCCAAUUUUAUAACUCAGAUUUUGCUCAGACCAGGAGCAUCGGAUUUAACAGGAAGUUUCAGGUUAUACCGAAAAGAAGUUCUACAGAAAUUAAUAGAAAAAUGUGUUUCUAAAGGCUAUGUGUUCCAGAUGGAGAUGAUUGUUCGGGCAAGACAGUUGAAUUAUACUAUCGGCGAGGUUCCAAUAUCAUUUGUGGAUCGUGUUUACGGUGAAUCCAAGUUGGGAGGAAAUGAAAUAGUCUCUUUCUUGAAAGGAUUAUUGACCCUCUUUGCUACUACAUAAAAGAAAGUUACUCAUUAUACUUAUGUUGAUUUCAUUUAAACAUAAAAGAAGCCUGGUUGCUGAUUUUUAUAAAAUGUACUCUUAGAGCAUAAAUCAUAAGGUAAGGUAAAUUUCAUACAAAUCUUUUUUCUGAAGAAACUCCAUUUUGUAUGUCAAAUGCAAUUAGAAAAAUGAGCAGUGUUCUCAGUUUUCAUUUUGAUUUUGCUAUAUUAAGACUUGUAAAUAAAUGUACAUGGUUAUUUCUUUUUUCAGAAAAUAUUUCUGCUUUCAUUAGAGUAUGUGCAGAAUUUUGUACAUGGGGAAGAUUUUGAAGUAUAUAAAGAACUGGACUCAUAGCUCUUUGUAAUAGGUGUCAGAAGCAAGAAAAAUGUUAAUUAUAUUCAUGGAAUAUAUAUGGCUAUUUCUGUAUUAAUGAAUAAGUAGACACCUCUGCCCCUUCUUCAAAAACGUAUCUCAGAUUUCUUAAACUGGAUAAAAUAUGUUUAGGUCAUGAAUUUAGAGUUGGGCUGUUUGUAGCUCUUGAAGUGAUGAAGCAUUUCAUCUGUCACAGCAAGUCUAUUUAACAUACUGUGAAUUGGAAACUUGACAUCUCUUGAUUGCAUAGCUACUAUUUUUUCUAUCCUGAGCAACAACUUCUCUCAGUAAGAAAAAAAUACUGAUGACAUUAAGGCAUCCGUAUUUUGAUGACUUCGAGACUUAUUUGCUAUAGUAAUUUUUAAACCUCUUGCUAAGCUGUAAGUGUUCCGCUGGUUAAAAUGCUCCUUAAGUUUAAGCUGUUGAUGAAAGCCAGCACAAAUGUUCUGUUUACCUACCUUCUCUAACCUGUGUUUAAAAAAAAAAAAAAAGAUAAAUUUCUGACUGUAGCAUAGCUUAUGGAACUCAUAGUACCUUUUAAAUUUGGGGGAAGGCAUACUUUGAGCAAAUAAGCUUAAGAUCAAGUUGAUUGUCCUUUGCAAGUAAAAGGAAGAGACCCCUCUAAGUUAUUUAAUAAGCAUAUUUAUUGAACAGUAUUCUUAAUUACAUUUUCCUGGCUUAAUUUGGAUGCUAAAGAAAUUUAAAAUAGGGUUUUUCCCUUGCAUUUCUAACAGAUCCUACCAUAAAUUGAUACCAGACUAUAAAACCUUUGGUGUCAUUUUGAACAUUACCUACUCCCAUAGUUGAAUCCAUAGGACACAUUCCAAUAAGGACCUCUACUAUUCUGUUUUCCUUUUACAGAGCUGUGUAGUCAGCCAGCACACCAGGGACCCACCUUCCUGGGGGAAAUGACUUCUUUCAUCAUUAAUAGUAACUAGAAAAUUCAUCACUGUUUGAUGUAGAAUUACCUAACAUAAUAGAAAUAUAAUACCCUUUUUUGGUUGUUGAGUGUUUAGAUUCUCUUCUUCUUCAUCUAAACCCAAAGUUUUUAUUGUCGAGUACAUGGAGCAGAGAUUAAGUAAGUACCUCAGAGAACUCUCUAGAAGUAUUGCCUUCUCAAACCCCAGGAGAGUAGAUAGCUAUCUUUUGUCUUUUAAUCUUUUUGAUUCUUAAUUCCAGUCACAACACUGUCACUACUGGAAUUGAUAGUAGAGAAAGCAUUUGAACAGUGAGACUUUCAUCAUGUAGCAGUUAUUUAGAAAAGGAUCUGAACUAUUUAGAUGGUAUUUUUUUCGUAAAUCUGAUGAUUUAAGCACUAAAAAUCUUAAAACAUUUAUAUGUGAACCUAGCAUCUCUAAUUUUUAAAUUAGGUCAAGGAUGAAAUCCAGAUGUUUUCCCUUUGUAUUUAUUUGUAUUACCACUCUAUGAAAUCUAAGUAUAUCGAAGGACAACUGAACUUGUGAUAAAUUUUGCUUAUUUCAUA